AUGAGUAAUGAGAUUGCGCAGCCAACGGAGCAAGACCUUCGCCGCUCAGCUUCAGUAGAGGGUGGGAAAGGAUCGAAGCCGCCUGCGCUGGAUACCUCGAGUUUCACCAAUACGCCUCAUCCUCCCAGCUCGUCAACUCAAACCACAUCGACUGCACAAAACACUGCCAGCACUGACGGAUCCGAGACUCCAGUUCUAUCAGGGUCACAGAACGAGAAGGACUAUCUUCGGGUAGCUGACGAGGCCCCAGAGGUCCCCAAGAAGAACCGCGGCCUUCUUCACGUCCCAUCCAGAUCCUCUUCGCACAAGAUACAGCCAUCUCCAACGUCAACAGGACUAAGUGGAGCAACUGCAAGUGACCCCAGAGAGAGCAUCGGUGGGAGAUCGAAGGAGUCUAAGUCAAGCAUUUUGGGUCGGAGGCGGAAUGGGAGUGCUACAAGCAGCAAGAUGUCGGUAACACAACAAGGCCCCUCCACGGGACCAGCAGGAAGCACAAUUCCAGCAACUGCGGGCGCCAAAACAUCUCAGAAGCCUCAUAAGAAGGGGUUCUUAUCAUUCUUGUGCUGUGGGGUUCCGGAUAGUGCGAAUACGUCCGACCCGAAUGAUGCAGCGGUACCUGCGAACAAGAUUUCGAAAGUGCCUUCUGGACGACCAACAACCGCGAGUAGACCAGAGCAAGGAUCGACGAACAAUGUUAAUGCUCCGGCGCCACCUCAAAGCGAAAAGGAGGCUCUUAGACAAGCCGAGCCAGAAAGAGAGAAGAACGAGGCUCCGAGCUUGGACCUGGGUCGGACUUUGCAAUCAGGAGCAGUUGUCAAUGGCGAUGCGAAUCGACUAUCAGGGGAUGCACGUGAUCAACCAUUACCUGCUUUGCCACAGGAAGCUGAAAUAACUGCUCCUCAAGCUGGACAGCCGAGUCCUUCGGUCGUAGUACAAGCGCCGGCAAGAGCCCCAUCGACGAGGGCUUCUUCAUCUGCGCAAGUCCCAUCACAGGAGGCGAAAGAUGCAGAGGGGGAUGUGAAAAUGGUAGAUUCGGACCCUGUACCAACAGAAAAAGUUGAACCCGCUGCUCCCGUUACUCGACAAACCGAGACUGCCAGACCCGUUCUGCCACCGCCACCAUCAUCCCCUCCUCCUGGGCCCAGCGAAGAUGUUACCUCACCAGAGCCUGCGGACCAGGGGCAAAAAUGGCUACUGCCACCGAUCGCACCAAGAUUCCAGGGGAAGAAGUGUCUUGUUCUCGAUCUAGAUGAGACUUUGGUCCACAGUAGUUUUAAGAUUUUACACCAAGCAGAUUUCACAAUCCCUGUUGAAAUUGAGGGUCAAUAUCACAAUGUUUAUGUGAUCAAGCGGCCUGGUGUGGACCAGUUCAUGAAGCGAGUUGGCGAACUUUACGAGGUUGUCGUUUUCACAGCUUCUGUGUCGAAGUACGGUGAUCCUCUUCUGGAUCAAUUAGAUAUCCACCACGUCGUUCACCACCGCCUCUUCCGUGAAAGUUGUUACAACCACCAAGGAAAUUACGUUAAAGACCUUUCCCAGGUUGGACGAGAUCUCCGAGAAACCAUCAUCAUCGACAAUUCUCCAACAUCCUACAUCUUCCACCCUCAACACGCCGUACCGAUCAGUAGUUGGUUCUCUGAUGCGCAUGACAACGAGCUUCUCGACCUGAUUCCGGUUCUCGAAGACUUAGCGGGCUCGCAGGUGCGCGAUGUCAGCUUAGUCCUUGAUGUCGCCCUCUGA